AAAAGCCGCCGAGGCUUAGGACCCCCCGCCGGGCUCCUCCCGGCGGCUGCUGCUAUGACGGGGCACACAAUGGGCUGAGUGAAGCGGCGAGCGCUCGCGUAUCGUGGCGGUGCCGUCUGCGGCGUCGUCUGCUUCACUGCGUAACCCGCGGCGUUGUGACGGAAGCUCUGGCGUUGUGUUACGGUGUUCAUAUAGCAAUCGAAGCUGUGACGAGUCGCUUUACCUCCAUGCAAGUUCGUUUUAUUUUGGUUGUAGCUGCAUGUCGUCUCUUUAAAAAAAGCUGGCUUCCGCUGACGCGGCAGGGAACAGUUAGGCGAGAGAGUGCGUGAGCUGCCACGAAUCGUUGUACGGUCGUCUGCGGCGUGCGGGGUUAUCUGCGAGGCUUUGGGGUACUACCCCCGUGUCGUUGACAGAAGCUUCGGGAGGUUGUAUUACAAUGUGGCCAUUCGAUGCAGGGCUGCAGAGGAUCGCUUCCUGUCAUUCCAGCGCCUCUUAGAUUUACGUACGCCGCUUCGAAGACCCCGGAUAUCUUGUUUCUACGGCAGUCAAAGGCAACCGGAGUCGAAAGAAUAUACGCAAGCUCAACGCCAGUCGUCGCCGUGGGAACUGCGGCAUGCAUACAUCGUUGGAGCUUUCGCGUUUGAGGCAAAGUGUGGAGAGAAGAUAGUUGUAGUGCUUCUACGGCGUGACAGCUUGUGGCUUCGAGGUUGGAGACCUGCCUCUGUCACUACGUGCGCUUGAUGGUUCGCCUUCGAGCCAAGCUGUGGGAAGAAGUUAUUUGUGCUGCUUUUACGGCGCGAUAGUUAGUGGCAUCAAUUUUUGAGGCCUACCUCUGGAACAACAUGCUGCGGUUGUGUGUACCGUGCCGAUAACGAGUGAUUCUUCCGCGUUGCCUUCGCGGGUGGUGAUAUUGCUCCGUGUGGACGGACCCUGGCGGUUGUAGAGUUCCACCGUAGCAAAUGACUCGAAGGUCAACCCCAUAUCGCUUUUUGUUCGACGGAUACUUUGCGUAAAUGUUUCAAUGUCGAUAGUGAGAAUGGUGGCAUCGGCGGUGUGAGCAGGAAGCUGAGACGGCUGCCGGCUUCGGGCACCUCCGGUGCGUUCCGCGGUAGUUUUUUGUGGACCAGUUGUUGCAAUGAAGAAGGAGUUUCCGGAGUGUUGAAAGCAGCUGGAUGUUCAAAUUUAUCAAUCGUGACGUCAUCGUGAUUUAGUUGUCUUAACGAGUGCUGCCUCGAAAUCUGGAGCACACGUCCGCUUGGUUGCACACCACUUCGGUGGAAACAUCUCGGCUACGUACCGGCGAAUUAGGCAAGCAUAAACGGCCUACAGCUGUUGAGCAAUUGCUUUGCCUUUGCUAUCUGCGUCCGAAAUACUUAUCGAACACAUUACUGAGGGUCGACUACCCUUCGUGACGUUCGACAGAAAAGAAAGUGUCUUGGCCAGUUUUUGGGCACGCUGCAGCGAGUCAGGGGCCUGUGCGGCGGUGGGAGAGGAUGGUAAUGUGACCGGAGAUUUCAGAAGUUUUCGCCCUGGUCCUACAAGAGACUUACGAAAAAAGAAUGCCGACGACACGAGCACACACAUUUGAAAUCGUGCCGCUAGAGGACGCCAGAGCCGCCCCUGAGGCGGCGGUUACCACGGCGGGUUCCAAUGGUGGCGACGGAUGGUGGCAGCGUACGAAUCGAUGCUUCGCUCAGCAGUGGAAGAAAAAGGAUUCCCGGUUCACUUCGAAGUCUGCCAUGCUUCGGCUGCCAAUGACUACGGCGGCGCUGCUGGCCAACCUGGUGGGCGUUGGCAUGGUGGCGAUGCCGUAUGCCUUUGCCGGAAUAGGAUGGGCCGCAAUACUCGUGGUGCCCUUGUUUGCAGUACUGGCAGUGUUCAACGCUUACUUGCUCAACAGCUGCUGCGUCAUGCUGGAAGAGCGCUGCAAGGAAUACCGCAAGUUCCACUGGUACACCCAGUAUUCGGACGUCGCCUCUAAGGCACUGGGUCCAGGCGUAGGGAGAAUCGUGGGCGGCUUGCGACUGCUUUCGGUGGUGGGCCUGCAGGCCGUGAUCAUAGUCCUCACAGCCGAGGCACUCACGGACUUUGUGCUGGCCCUGGUACCGGCCCCUUGGACCCACGGUUUAAUAUACUGCACCCUCGUCGUUGGCCUUGGCGUGCUGAGCGCAGCGAUAAAGGGACCGUGCGCUGAGGUCACGCGAUACUGGUGCAGCGUUGUCAACUUGCCAUGGUCGCUGACGCUUCUGUCGCUGCUGCUGACCGGUCUCGCCGACAGCUUCGGGUCGGGGCCGACGCCACGGGUACCCGGGUCAUGGAACGAGCUGCGCCAAAUCCUGAGCGCAGCCGCGCACAAAGAUGGCGGCGCGGGCCACUUGCCCGCGCACAGGGGCACGUUCACUGCCCCACCGGCCGUGCCCUUCUUCGUAGGCCUCGGUGUCAUCGCGUUCAACUACGCCAGCGUCUCGGGCUUCACGAACCUGCGCCGAGACGCGGCGACCCCGUCGUACUUCAAGCGAGCCACUGGCUACGGCGUCGCCGGGUACACCACUGCCUGCCUCCUGAUCGGCGCGCUGGGCUACGCGGCCUUCGGGACUACCGUGGGCGGAAACGUCAUCAUGUCGCUGAACUCCGACAGGACCCGGACGGCCACCAACUUCUUCCUCACCAUGAGCUACCUGCCGACGGGCAAUCUCAUCAGCCUCACCCUGGAGGAGUACGAGGGCGCUGAGAACUACGGGAAACGGACCGUGUGGAGUCGCGCCAAGAUGGCGUCUCCCCUGAUGGCGUGCGCAUGCGUGCUGGCCCUGGCCGUGCCGCACGAAGGACCCCUGGUGGCGCUCGUCGGUUCUCUGUUCGCGUGCCCCGUCGCCUUCGUGCUGCCGCCCAUUUUCUACGCCGGCCUCUGCAAGGGCUCGUAUCAGUGGCAGGAGAGGCCCCUGAGCAGAAACAUGAAGAUCGCCCUGGUGGUGGCCCUAGUCUCCGGCCUGGCGGUCCACAUCGGGGGCACCGUGACGGCCAUCAUGCAGAUAGUACAUGAGGCCCAGCUGGACCAGCAGUCCUGCUUCUGGGGCUUCUGUUACGAAGGGCAGUACGCGACGACGCAGCCUCCGGCCAUCUACAAGCUAUAUCUCGGGCCCUUCUUGUCGGAGGUGCAGCUUCCCCGCAACGUCGGAAAGUGUUCCAAAGCGGGCUAGACGAAUGGACCGCGAGCAAAGAACGCGGCCACAAACCUGGACGCCAAUCAUUUCUCUUCUCACCAUAUACAUAACCAUCCAGUUCAACAGGGAACACGUCUUUAUUAUUCAAGCCAGCGUGACUGGAGUAUUAUACAACGCUGCGAUUAAAUGUGCAUCUUACGGACUGAAGAAAAACGGCACCUUAACUUGUGCGUGCCACCAAAUAGAGAUUGCCCGCAAUGUCCUAAAAAAAAACGUGUUGUUGCUUUUCUCAAACUAAAGUUCACUGUAGAAAA